AGAACUACGAAGAAAAAUACCUAGUGUUGUUUCUCCCUUUUCUUUCCUUAAUAAACAAACAAACAAAAAAGUUCAUGAAAAAUCAUAUCAAAAUUUUAAAAUGAGAGCUUCAUAUGCAUCAUCAGAGAAGCCUCUGACACCAAACAAUCUCUGACACUCAACUUAGUAGGGAACAGAGCCAAUUACUAAACCCCAUCUUUACUCUCCUCUUCACAUCUCACUCACACUUCCUUUCUUUCUACUCUUUCCUCCAUCAACACUCUCCUUCAGAUCUCUCCAUCCAAACCUGAUUCAACUAAGAAACUCUCAAAUGGGGUUCCUCAGUUUCCCAAAGUUACAUCUACUUCUCAUCUUUACAGCUUCCAUAACCUCAUUCAAUGCAGAAUCAAAGACACAUUGGGAAGACACAGAGGUUCUGAAGCAACUAAAGAACAGCAUCGACCCUUCUUCUCUGAACCCAGGUUCAUGUCUCAGCUCAUGGGACUUCACUCUUGACCCAUGCGACAACCUCUUCAGCGAAAAAUUCACCUGCGGGUUCAGGUGCGACGCGGUCGAGUCAGGAACGAGUCGACUCACCGAACUCAGCCUCGACCAGGCGGGUUACUCCGGAUCACUCGCCGCCACCACCUGGAACAACCUCCCCUACCUCGACACCGUCGACAUCUCAAACAACAACUUCUCAGGCCAAAUCCCCGAGUCACUCUCCAACCUGACUCGCCUCCGCCGACUCGGUCUGUCGAGAAACUCGUUCACCGGCGAGAUACCCUCUUCAAUCGGUUCACUCUCCAACCUCGAAGAGCUCUACCUCGAUGGCAACAAUCUUCAAGGAACAAUCCCAGGUAGCUUCAAUGGCCUCAAAAGCUUGAACAGGCUCGAACUUCAGUUCAACAAACUCUCCGGCGAGCUUCCGAAUCUGGGUUCUCUGAAGAAUCUCAAUUACAUGGACCUCAGCGUCAACGCCAUCACCGGAGCUUUGCCGGCGACACUGCCGGAGUCUCUGGUUCAAAUCUCAAUGAGAAACAACAGUUUGAAGGGCGAGUUAGCUUCCGAGAGUUUCAGAAACUUGAGGUAUUUGCAGGUAGUGGAUUUGAGCUACAACGAGUUCAGAGGCUCUGUUCCUUUUGCUCUGUUUCAGCUUCCAUCGUUGCAGCAGCUAUCACUCUCUCACAACCAGUUCUCUUUCCUGCAAGAACCUUCUUCCGCUUUGGACUCGCUAAGCUCUGGGCUAGUAGAAAUCGAUCUGAGCAACAAUGAGCUUGAGGGUUUUCUGCCUCUGUUCAUGGCAGUGAUGCCAAAGCUUGCAUCAUUAUCAUUGGAGAACAACAGAUUCAGUGGAAUGAUUCCGACCCAGUACGCUUUGAAAGCAGUUUUUCCAGAAUCUGGGGUUUCUCAGUUUGAGAGGCUUCUGUUGGGUGGGAAUUUCUUGUUUGGAGGUAUACCAAGUGCUCUAAUGGCGCUUGAACCUGGUUCUGCAAAUGUGGGUCUUGCUGGGAAUUGCUUGUAUAGGUGCCCUCGUGUUUUGUUUUUCUGUCAAGGUGAGGAUCAAAAAUCUUUUGAUGAAUGUAAGAGAUUCAUCCCCUAAGAUCAUAGAUAUUGUUAUUUAGAUUUUUUCUUUUUCUCUUUUGGGUCUUGCUCUCUCUGCCUCCUUCAUUGUUCUUUCUUCAAGUUCAGUUUUUACUUUGCCUUUUUUAAUGAUAAAUUUCUAAUUUCAGGUGCUAAUUAAA